AUGGCUGCCCAAUUCAAGAGCGAGAAGGAGAUUCCUAUCUCGAAGCAGAGCUUCCCUGGCAAGGAUGUGGAUAUGCCCAACCCCAGGCCUACCUUUGAGGAAGUUCCCGAGGCUGGUGGACAGGACGCAACCUACAAGGCUGCCGACAAGCUCAAGGGCAAGCGGGCUCUGAUCACUGGAGGUGACAGUGGUAUCGGCGCGGCCUCCGCGAUCCUCUUUGCUCGAGAGGGUGCCGACUCGACCAUUGUCUAUCUGCCUGAGGAGGAAGAGGAUGCGCAAAACACCAAGAAGCGCAUUGAGGAACUCGGGGCCAAGUGCCACUUGAUCUCGCGGGAUUUGACGAGCAAGAGCAACUGCAAGGAGGUCGUUGACUUUGCCGUGGAGAAGAUGGGUGGCAUCGACAUUCUCUUCAACAACGCUGCGUAUCAAAUGGUCGUCAAGGACAUUGCCGACCUGCCUGAGGAGCAGUGGGAGCACACCUUCAACAUCAACAUCCACUCCUUCUUCUACAUCUCAAAAUACUCUCUCGCACACAUGAAGCGAGGCGCCGUCAUCAUCAACAACGCCUCGAUCAACGCCUAUAUCGGCCGCCCCGACUUGCUCGACUACACCUCCACCAAGGGUGCGAUUGUCUCCUUCACCCGCGGCUUGAGCAACCAGUAUGUCUCCAAGGGCAUUCGUGUCAAUGCCGUUGCCCCUGGUCCUGUCUGGACGCCUCUCAUCCCCGCGACCAUGGAUGACGAAGCUCAAAAGAACUUUACCAGCCCCAUGGGCAGGCCUGCUCAGCCUUCUGAGAUUGCCACUUGUGUGGUCUUCUUGGCCAGUGCCGACAGCUCGUGUAUCAGUGGCCAGACAAUCCACUGCAACGGCGCGGGAAGCAGACUACCCUGUACGCGGUGCGAGAGAAGGCUGCAAAUGGAAUUGAUCGCAUGGCAGAUGGCUAAAUGCCCCGCCAACGUGAAGUACCUGAACCAAGCAAGUAGGCGCCUCCUAAAGUUGGGGCUCGGCAGGACCGUCGCUGUGCAAUGUCAACAUCAUACAAACCCAUCGAUGACUCCUCUCUGCCUGCUCGACCGCCCCACCACGCAGCUUGCAGUGUACCGUGACCGCGACAGCAACACCGCGGCGCCCAACAGCUUCACACCAACGCUAGCUAUCACGACCUCGCGAAUCCAUCCACACGAGAGCCGCACCCUCACGAAUCGCCAUUGUAUGUCUCCAUCGGAGCAUCCCGUACUAGAAUCUGUGCAUAUCGGCAGGAAGGACCAGCCGGUACUCGACCCAGAUGUAGAAUCCACCAAAUCCGAGGAGCACGAGGGUGGUCCUCCCAACGCACAGGCUCGGGAUGGAGACAACGAUGGCAAAGGCGUGGCAACGCUGGCGGACGGCAAAGAUGUCCCGACCACUACGAGCGAAACGGCAGAUUCGUCGAAACCGACCAGCGAAGCCGAGCCACGCCCUGCAACUCCAGUCAACAAGGGCAAGCAGGUCGAGAGUAACAGCUCACAGUACCUCGCACCCGAAGCUUUGGGAUAUAUCGAUCCCACCCCAGCGACGCCAACCACUUCCCAACCACCCUCACGCACGCCCUCGACGGCUGCCAGACCUCGAGUGUCAGACGACCGGUCGCCUGCGGGCUCUGACGCGGGGUAUGACGAGAAGCAAUACUUGAGCGACGACGAGCAGGAAGGCGGUUCUCGCUCCGAGAUUCAAAGCAUCAUGGAACAGUUCAGCGAGGCAGGUGGCGGUCCUGGUGCGGAAGAGGUCAUGAGCCCCAGGCUCGAGCUCACAUCGCCUAUCCUGGGCAGCCCACCAGCACAGCACUCGCAAAGACCGCAGCAUCCACCGAGGAAAUCAAGCCUGGAGCCUUUAUCCUCGACUCUGUCCGGACAGAUGAAAGACAUGCGGCUUGCGGAAGGUCAGCCCACCGACGGCGCCAAUGAUGCGGCCUCAGAGGAGCCACCACCACCGGUGCCACCCAAGGAUGGCACAUUCGGUACGCCAGCUUGGGGCAAGGAGGAGGUCUCGCCAUCAUCACCCCACGCCUCCGUUCACCGGCCGCCACCACCCGCGCCCGAGCCCGAGCCAGCGCAGCCCUUUGACUUUCACAGGUUCCUCGAGCAGCUGCGGAACAAGAAGGCCGACCCUGUCGCGAGGUACCUCAAGUCGUUCCUCCAAGAGUUUGGGAAGAAGCAGUGGAUGGUACACGAGCAGGUCAAGAUUAUUGGUGAUUUCCUGGCCUUCAUCGCGAACAAGAUGGCCCAGUGCGAGGUCUGGGCCAACGUGUCGGACGCUGAGUUUGACAAUGCUCGAGAAGGCAUGGAGAAGCUGGUCAUGAAUCGGCUGUAUGCCCAAACAUUCUCACCCGCGAUACCUGCACCAAGACCUGUCCCUGGAGCCAAGCCUAAGAGGAAAGGAGGGGAUGCCCCCCUAGGCCCGGGCCGGCGAGGGCAGCAUCAGGAAGAUGUAGAGAGGGAUGACAUCCUGGCACAGAAGAUCAAGAUCUAUGGCUGGGUGAAGGAAGAGCAUCUAGACAUUCCACAGAUUGGCGACAGUGGCAAGCGCUUCCUCAAGCUAGCACAGCAAGAACUUCUCAAGAUCAAGUCGUACAGGGCGCCCCGCGACAAGAUCAUCUGUGUUCUGAACUGUUGCAAGGUCAUUUUUGGCCUACUCAAGCACAACAAGUCCGACGGAUCGGCAGACUCGUUCAUGCCCAUGCUCAUCUAUGUCGUGCUGCAAGCGAACCCUGAUCACCUUGUAUCCAACGUACAGUACAUCCUGCGGUUCCGCAACCAAGACAAGCUGGGCGGUGAAGCCGGCUACUACUUGUCCUCCUUGAUGGGCGCCGUUCAAUUUGUGGAAAGCAUGGAUCGCACAAGCCUGACUAUCACCGACGAAGAAUUCGAGAAGAGCGUGGAAGCCGCAGUCUCAGCCUUUGCCGAAAAGCACCAAUCAAACUCCCCAUCCGUCCCGCAGGAGCCCGUUUUCGACGAGAAAGGCCGCUACGUGCCUCCAGGUAGCCGCACCUCACAGGAGAAUGCUCGCUCAAACUAUCCACCUCGCUCCACGUCGCUCAACACUGGGGGAUCUGCAGACGACACGCUACCGAUAGGCGGACUCCUCAAGACGAUUCAACGGCCGUUGACGUCGUUAGGUCGCAUGUUCACAGACGAUGGCGGCGGGCCGUCCUCAUCUGAGACACCUCAACUUUCCCAAGGUCUGCCGCCACCUCCUCGCGGUGACUCUGCCGAGCAAGCGUCAUCACGGCACACGCUCUCGGCUGAAGAAGCUGCUGCACGACAGGCCAGCGCAGAGACGGCUGAGGCGCAGAGGCUGAGCCGGGCGGAGCACGCCAACGUCGUCGAAACGUUGUCAGGCAUGUUCCCGGACUUGGACAAGGAUAUCAUUAGUGAUGUCGUGCACCAGAAAGAGGGAAGGGUUGGACUGGCAGUCGAUGCUUGCCUUGCUCUGUCUUCAUGA